CCGCCUCAGUUCUGAAUUUAAAUUUGUUAAAAAUUGGUAAUUGAUGGUGAAUGUAUGUAUGUAUUUACUUUACCAUACGAAAAUUGGUAUAUAUACUAAUCAACGCACUUAAAUUUUAUCACAACUUUUCGUAGUUUCAUCUGAUCUGUUCAUAGCACCAGAUACUUUCAAAAUGAUUGCAAAAGUUUUGGUGAUGAUGACCGUACUAGUAGCUCUUACUCACGGAGGACUUAUCGGUGAAAUUGGAUUAGGUAGUGGUCUUGGACUAAACGGAGGAAUCUCAAGCAUCGGCAUACAAGGCAUUGCUUUAGCUGGAAAGCAGACUGUAGUUGAUUUAAUUGCUCCUCCAAAGUAUGAAUACAAAUACGCAGUAGAGGAUCCCCACACUGGAGACCUCAAAGAACAACAAGAAUCUAGAAUCGAUGACCUCACUAAAAGCGAAUAUGCAGUUGCAGAGAAAGAUAGAAAAAUUCAAGUAUCUAGAAUUAUUGGUAAAAGCAUACCUCUAGUCUCCAAAUCUAUAUCGUUAGGAAAAUAUUAAGAACGUGCCAUGUAUUUUACUUUGUUGUAUUCGUUGUACUGAUGUAUGUUAUAUAUAGUUAAGUUAUACUUUGUUCCUUUUGCUAUAAAAUAAAUGUGUUUUAUGUAAAA